AUGGCUCUAAACGGACAAAACGGCCAAAAUGGGCAGAAUGGACAUGGAAAGUCUGCAGAUGGACGGAAGCGUGUACUAGUCGUCGGCGCUGGCGCUGCUGGCAUGUCCACUGCCUAUCACUUGUCGCAGCAUCCAGAGAAGUUUGACGUGACUCUGAUUGACGCCGUCGACUACUGCGGUGGCCAAGCAUUCUCCAUUCCCAUCGACAAGGAGCGCCACGGUGCAUCGUGGUGUAACCAGGGCGUCCAGGGCGGCUCGUACAUUUUCCACCACACCACGACCAUGUUUGCGAGGCAGGGAUAUCAUGCCGAUCCUGUAAACUUGCACGUGUCGUUUGGCAAGGACGAGACGUUUUGGUCAAAUGUGUUUCCCACAAAGCUCUUGGUCAAGCACCAGAAGGAAGUCAAGCGCCUGUACAGGCUCCUCAAGAUUAUGCGCUGGUUUGAGCUCUUUUUCGCUCUCAUGCCGCUCCGCCUGGUCUUUAAGCUGUUCAUGUUUUCGGAGGACUUUAUCAAUACUAUUGCUCUCCCCAUGACGGCUCUCUUUCUCGGCACUGGAAAUGCGACGCCCGAAGUUCCUGCCAUCAUGUUUGAGCGGCUGUGCACAUCACCUACCUAUGGCAUGUGGUACCCACCAGACAAGAACACAAUCGUUCACAAUCAGCCGCCUAUGAUUGUUUUUCCAAACUUUUCAGAGUUUUAUGGCACCUGGAAGAAGGACCUCAUUUCCAGAGGUGUCACUGUACGCCUGUCUACUGAAUUGACGGAAAUUGUCCAGCGGAACAAGCGCGGCGUCAUUGUGAGACUCAAACCAAGAACUCCUGUCGAGGAUGGUCACAAUCCCACUGGUGGAGACCUAGAUGCCCCGUCCGGCGAGGAGGUCUAUGACGAGAUUGUCUUGUGCUGCUUGGCGGAUACAGCUAAAAAGGUCCUCGGCCGAACGGCAAACUGGAAGGAGAAGCGCGUGCUGGGCUCGGCCCGAUUCAGCGACGACAUUACCAUCACCCACAAUGACGCCGACUACAUGAAGAAGCACUAUGAGAACUUUUACCGUGAGGACUUGGCCGUUUCCAAGGCCAAUGGCGUGGAUCAGACUUCACGGCUCAACUUUGGCGUUAAUAGCUUCCGGCCCAUGUACUACAUCAAAAUGUACUCCGAGGACAAGAGUAAGCUGGAAAUGUGCUUUGACACGACCAACUACCAGAGCCAGUUCCCCGAAAACGUACCCUUUGAGCAGCACGUGUUCCAGACCAUUUACCUCAACAAGGAUCGGGACCGAGCACUGUGGACCGACUCCGAGAUUCGCGAGGACAAGAUCAUCCGCCGCGACUGGUGGCACCAGCUCUGCCACGGCUGGACGCACUACCUGUUUGUGAUCCCCUGGAUGAUGUUUCUGCAGGCCAAGAACCACACGCGCUUCGCGGCGUCCUGGACCCUGGUCAACGCCCACGAGGUGGCCGUCAUGUCGGGCAUUGCCGCCGCCGUCGACCUCGGCGCCGAGUACCCCGAGGACCUCGAGCACGACAAGUUUGCCUUUUUGUGUUUCCGUCUGUACUAUCUGCUGGCGUAUGGCAAGUGGUACCGUCGUCGGUUCACCAAGAAGAACAAGAGCCAGACACCCGAGAGUCAAAAGGCCAAGGAUGGUGCAUCGUGGGCCACGGGCCUGUAUGGUAGUGUCUAUGAGGGCCCUGGCGUGUCCAAGCAGGAGAGGCAGACGUGGAGAGAGGAGAUGAAGAAGGGGACUAGUACGCAGAACCUUGCAGAGGGUAAUGCACCGGGCCGGAGCCAGCCUUGA